CUCAGCAAGCUCGGGGACAAAAAGCGCUCGCUCGUAGCCUGCUGAGUAGUGCGUCGAUCGAUAACUCUGCCUAUACGACCCUUGCGGCUGUAGCCAGCACGGCUGCGCAGCCACAGAGGCAUUCACAUCGGCUUGACCACUGGUACCCCAGCUGUACGCCAGCCGUCGUGUGAGGGCAAGAUGCGCCGAGCCCUCUUUCUACUGACCACGGCCCACGCGCUGGACUGGGUCAACCCCAAGUACUGGCAGCUGCAAGCGUCGACCGCGAAGCUCGUGAGCGCCUGUAUAGGGCGGGGCAGCACGGUGCUCGAGGUCGACGCCGUCGACGGCGCGAAGAACUUGUAUUAUUUGCCGAUGGGAUGCACCAUCACCCAAUGGCUCAACCCCCAGGAGGCGGCGAAAGACAUUGGGCCCACAAAAAUGGCAGCCUCGAAGAACGGUCAGGGUUUGGAAACGGUUAAUGCCAGAGACAACGGCCGGAAGGCGCCGCGCCUGCAGCCCGAGUCCUUCGACGCCUGUUUGAUGUUCGGCGCGCUCGCGCGCGCGGCGCCGCGCGGGCCGGAUGCCGUGUUCGAGACCUGUGAUGCGGCUCUCAGAGCGCUCAAGCCGGACGGGCGGUUAGUGUUCGUCGAACGGACCGACGACGCGGAAUUGUUAUUAGCGACGGCCUUGGACGACUCCGACCUCGUCGCCGACUGCGAGUCGUCCCGCGAGCACGGGGCGAUCAUCGGCGUCGUGACGCGCGGCUUGGAUCCGGCGAAGAAGCGGAAGAAGAGUAAGAAAGGGUUCUAGCAUG